CGCAGCAGCGGUAAAGAAGACUGAGCUGCUGACAGCUGGACCUUCAUAUUCUCUGUUCCACAUUAAUUUUUAUUUAAGACUGUAUCAGCUGAAUUCACAGUAAAAGAAACAUGAGCAGUGAGAAAUAUCCCCGAUCAUCGAUCGAAGAUGAUUUUAACUACGGAACCAACGUGGCUACGGCCAGCCUCCAGAUACGGAUGGACUUUCUGAGAAAGGUGUACACCCUGCUGAGUCUGCAGAUCAUCCUGACCACGGCCACCUCCGCCAUCUUCAUGUUCUCUGACACAAUAAAGGAGUUUGUCCACCACAGCCCCGCGGUGGUCUUGGUCUCAGCUAUAGGCUCUCUGGUCCUCUUAGUGGCUCUGGCGGUCUACAGACACCAACAUCCAGUCAACCUGUACCUGCUGCUGGCCUUUACUCUCCUGGAGGCUGUCUCUGUGGCUACAACACUGACGUUCUAUGAGUACUCCAUGGUUCUCCAGGCUCUAUUCCUCACCUCUGCUGUGUUCGUUGGACUCACAGCAUUCACCUUUCAGUCCAAGAGAGACUUCAGUAAGAUGGGAGCAGGCCUGUUCGCCUGUCUCUGGAUCCUCAUCAUCUCAGGCUUCAUGAGGUUUUUCUUUGACAGCGACAGCAUCGAGCUCCUCUUCAGCGGGUUCGGCGCUCUAGUGUUCUGUGGGUUCAUUAUCUACGACACUCACCUGUUGAUGAAGCAGCUGUCCCCUGAGGAGCACGUGCUGGCCUCUAUCAACCUCUACCUGGACAUCGUUAACCUGUUCCUACACAUUCUGAGAGUGCUCGACUCCAUGAAGAAGCACUGAGAGGACCUGUAGGGGUGUAAGAUGUCAAUAAGGGAGUUCCUAAAGUUUACCUGGAUCACAAUUUAUACCAUGGUCAGAGUAAUAUGACAUCAGGAUAAUUCACUUUCAGAUCUCUCCAUGAGCUGGAGGGACAACAUGCCUCAGAUUUGUGCCAAAAUUAGAGUAUAUGUGAACUGAACGGAGCUGUCGUCCAUGUUUUCACCUUUUGACAUCCACCUGGUUAGCCGUUUGCUGACUUGAUAGCACAGUCAGUGGGCCAGUAGUAACUAGCUGAAAGGGACCACCUAAGAUAGCAGAGUCAGACCUGCUCCCAUCAGUAAAAAGUUUCUAUCUCUGUGUUACUGAGAUGAGGACUGUAGUCAGGUUUAAUAUCAGGACCCUCGAACCCUAAGACUAUUAAUACUAGAGUCAGAUAAUUAAAAUGCUGCAGGCUUAUCUUUAAAUAUGUAUGGCAUAGAGGUUAAAUAUCAUAUUUUAGAUCAUUAACACAGGUUCACAGUGGUUUUUUAUAGUCAGAGGUGUGUACAGGUAAUCAAUAAUUUAACUUCAGUAUACUUUUAUACAUUAAGAGGAUCUACAGGUGAACGUGUUAGGAUUAGGGCUCAAAUCAAUCAUUCUGAUUGGGUUAGGGUUACUGCUGUUGGCUCAGAUCAAUCAUUCCUCUUACUGAUUGUCUCUUUUGAUGUUGAAUGUUAAAUCUUCAUAAAGAAAGAGAUGCUGUGUAUUUAAAUGAACUUAAAGAGCAUGUGUGGGUUAAUCCUGAGUGUGAUUGGACGUAUUUAAUGGUGUGAAUGUUGUGUACAGUUUUAUUGAUUUUAUAUGUGAUUCUACUAAUGAUCAGUGCGGGAUAUUAGAAAGAAGAUGAUCAGAGGUUUAUAUUGUGUUGUUUCGCUUGUAAUGAUGUAACUAACAAGACUAUUACGUCCUCUGCUGUUUUCAAUAUGUUAAAGAUUCUGAAUGGAGCUCUCACUCCUGUGGAAAUAAAGAUUUAUUAAAGAUUAACGUUUAUACAAUGUAGAUUAAGACCGUUUUCCUUCUGUUACAUAUAUAUUUUCAUGUUGCAUAACACAUGAAUAAUUAUCAGCAGUAAAAACUCAAAUCUCACCAAGUUUAAGGGUCA